AUGUCUGAACCGCGGUCAGCAGAGGAAGGAGUAAGGCUUGAACUCCUGGAUGAUCGGAAUAAUGUGGUCAAUGAUUUACCAAAAAGGGAGGUCUGGUCAAACAAGGUGGAAUACUCCCUCGGGUUAAUCGGGUAUACGGUUGGCCUCGGUAGUGUGUGGAGGUUUCCGUACGUGUGCAUGAAGAAUGGAGGAGGUGCAUUCCUCAUUCCUUUCUUCAUAUUUACGCUGCUGUGUGGAUUUCCUAUGUAUUACAUGGAGCUGUGUCUGGGCCAAUUUUCCGGUAAAAGUGCACUAGUUUCCUGGUCACUUUGUCCACUGCUGGAAGGUAUAGGAUAUUCCAUGGUGUUGAUGACGAUGAUUUGCACGUGGUACUACGGGUUGAUCGUGGCCUGGGUGCUGAUGUAUUUGGGUUACUCAUUUUUCCCGACACAGCCCUGGUCCACCUGUAACAAUGAAUGGAACACAGAUGAAUGUGUAGUGCUUAGGUCCGGUCUUGAGGCAUCUAAUACCACACUAUGGAACGUUUCUUAUUUACUCAAUGGAUCAUCAGCUGAGGAAAGUAAAGGUUUCUACCCUACAGCGGCCACCGAAUUCUGGCGAUACAAGCUAUUAAACGCAUCAAGAGGAAUAGACGACUGGGGAAUCCCGCAGUGGCAUAUCAUACUGGCUUUGUUUUUCUCUUUUGCAUCUAUAUUCCUUAGCAUAAUAAAAGGGGUACAUUCUGCUGGGAAGGUCAUUUAUGUGACUGCCACUGCACCGUUCGUUCUGCUGUUGGUGAUACUGGUGCGGAGUCUAUGUUUGGCUGGUUCAUUAGAUGGAGUUCUACUGUACCUCACACCUGACUUCUCUAGACUUCUCCAUUUCCAGGUAUGGCUGGAAGCAGCAUUACAAGUGUUUUACUCUCUUGGACCGACAUGGGGUGGAAUAAUCACUUUGGCCAGUUUUCACAAGUUCCAUGGCAACUGUCUCCGGGAUGCUGUUAUCACCGUGAGUGUAGACGCUUUCUCCAACUUCCUAUGUGGACUAGUAGUAUUUUCGAUCUUGGGAUUUCUUGCUCGAGAAGCUAAUAUUACCAUUGAAGAACUAGCAGAAUCUGGCCCCGGCUUGGUGUUCUUGGUGUAUCCUGAAGCCCUGACCCGACUGCCUGUUCCACAGUUAUGGGCUGUCCUCUUUUUUGCCAUGCUGUUUACAGUUGGACUGGAUAGUCAGUUUGGCAUGCUGGAAGCUGUGAUAAGUGGACUCACGGACAGGUUCCCUAAAACUCUGCGCAAACACAAGACUUACGUCCUCUUUACUGUUUUUGUACUCUUCUUCUUGACCAGCAUAAUAUUUUCGACACGGGCCGGAAUUUACAUCUUUCAACUUGUUGACUGGUACGAAUCUACAUUCUGUAUCUUUAUGGUUGCAUGUCUGGAAUGUAUCAUUAUUGGCUGGUUGUACGGGGCGGAACGCUUCAGUAAGGAUAUACAAAUGAUGACCGGACAUUCAGUACCCGUUUUUAUACGCGUGUCUUGGUGUAUCGUCACUCCAACUUUAAUGCUGGUUGCGUUCGUCGCUGUCCUUGUGACCUUUGACCGUCCUGUGUAUAAAGGAUAUAUAUACCCUGACUAUAUUGGCGUCGUAGGUAUUCUGAUUGGCAUUGUCUCAAUUGUUCCAACACCAGUCCUCCUACUGAAGAACUUGCUGGGACAGCAGGGAUCGCUGAUACAGAGACUUAAGUGUUCGAUAUUACCGUCUUCAGACUGGGGUCCAAACAACGGCAGCUUGCGACAGUCCUAUACCAUAUACAAGUACAAUGAGUCAUCCUUUUGGCAGAUGGCCAAAAUAAACAUUCUCGGUAGUCUGCAGAAUAAAUGUUGA